AUGCUGGGAACCACGGAGGACGGUGGGUGGCUUUUCUGGAGAGCGAUGGCGUGCGGAGGCAGCAAGAGGCAAGUGAUCUUGUUUAUUCUGUGCGUUUGCGUGUGUCAGAGCGGGGCCGAAACCCUCCGCUAUUCUCUGGCGGAGGAAAUGGAGACGGACUCUUUUGUCGCCGACAUUGCAAAGGACCUGGGGGUUGCUCCGAGCCAGCUCGCGGCUCGCAAGGCCCGCGUUGUGUCCGAGGGGAACGAGCAGCUUUUCCGCCUCAAUCAAAACUCCGGAGUCCUGACGGCAAAGAGGUCGCUGGACCGAGAGGAGAUCUGUCCGCAGAGCGAUACCUGCACGCUCUUCUUUAAGAUAUUCUUUGAAAAUCCGUUGCAGCUGAUCCGAGGGGAGGUGGAGGUUCGUGACGUGAACGACAACUCCCCCGUGUUCCCGGAGAAGGACAUGCUUUUAGAGAUUCCUGAAACGUUAUCUCCCGGGUCCCGUUUCCCUCUGGAAAGCGCCCAGGACAAGGACGUGGGCAGCAACGGCUUGCAGAACUACAGCCUCGAGUCCAAUUCGCAUUUCUCCCUUGCUCUCGGAACAGGGAAAGAUGGAGUAAAAUACGCGGAGCUCGUCCUAGAGCAGCAGCUGGACCGUGAAGAGCAGCGAGAGCUGAAUUUGCUCCUCACCGCCACCGACGGCGGCUCGCCUCCCAGGUCGGGCACGGCUCAGGUCCGGAUCGUGGUGCUGGACGCCAAUGACAACAUCCCGGUCUUCGGUCGGGAGAUCUACGAGGUGCGCCUGGCCGAGAACAGCCCCCUGGAGCAGCUGGUGGUCAGAGUCACGGCCACGGAUCCCGACGAAGGGUCCAACGGGAAAGUGCGGUACGCCUUCACCCAGACAUCGGAACAGUCCCGGCAGCUCUUCGAGCUGAACCCUGCCACGGGGCAGAUACGGGUCGCGGGCACCCUGGACUUUGAAGAAGCAAAAAACCACAAGAUGGUGGUGAAAGCCACCGACGGCGGGGGGCUGUCUGCUCAUUGCAAUGUGCAGGUGGAGGUCCUGGACGUGAACGACAAUGCCCCGGAGAUAGCACUCACCUCCCUCACCGCCUCCAUUCCCGAGGAUGCCCCGCCCCGGACCGUGGUGGCCCUGUUCAGUGUGCGGGACCGGGACUCCGGGGACAACGGCAGGACAGAGUGCACGAUCGACGGGGACUUGCCUUUCAGUCUCACCCCCACUUUUGAUAAUUACUACGAACUGAGAACAAACGCGGCACUGGACAGGGAGAGGACGGCAGAGUAUAACAUCACCAUCACGGCCAUGGACUGGGGCACUACGCGGCUGAGCUCUCGGGAAAGCAUCUUCGUGCAGAUAUUGGACGUGAACGACAAUCCCCCAGAGUUCACCCAGGAGAUUUACACCAUGUCGGUCACAGAGAACAACAGCCCCAUGCUCCGGAUCGGCAGCAUGAAUGCUACGGAUGCUGACGCAGGAAAAAAUGCCCGCAUAAACUACGCGCUGGUGCGGCAGGAGGGCAAGGAGCAGCCCGACGUGAUGGUCAACUCUGAAAACGGGGAUGUUUACAUCCUCCGCCCGCUGGACUACGAGGAGGUGCGUGCUUUUGAGGUGACAGUGCGCGCUGCCGAUGGGGGCUCGCCACCUCUCAGCGCCCAGGCAGUGCUGCGCGUGCUGGUGCGGGAUGAGAACGACAACGCGCCCGUCGUGCUGCACCCGUCCCCUGACGGCAGCGUGUUGGCCGCUGUGGUGGUGAAGGUGCGGCGGGUCAGGCGGAGCAAGGCAGAGACCUUGCCCACGUUUCCAAAGGCCGCCACGGAGAGCAACGCAGGCUCCCUGCCCCGCAGCUAUGUCUAUGAUGUCUGCUUCGCCGCUGGGACCGUCAACAGCGAGUUUCGGUUCCUCAGGCCGCUUUUCCCCUGCUUCCCUGCUGGGCUGCCCCCUGGCCCUGGUGAACAGCGGAGCUCGGUGUGCUCACAAGAGCCAACCAGUCUUGGGGAAGAAGGUGACUGGGCUGCACAGGGCAGAGCUCCCCUUUCUGAAGAGGCGGGUCCCAGACCUGCGGAAGACGCUUGUACUGCACACAGGGGGAUGGUGCUAAAUGUCAAUUCUGAUCAAAACCCUUGGUUCACCCAUCAGUAA